AUGGGCGAACAUAAACCUGAUGCUUCUGAAAGGAAAGAUUACCUAAUGGAUCUAGAUGGCAUGGAAGUUAACUCAAAGGCUAAUCCGUCCGCUCUCUAUGAAAGUCGAAUGAGAAUUGAUCGCAAUGAGAGCAUGCCAAUUAAAAUCGAACGUCGAUACGUAAAGCCAAUUUCGGAAGGCUCCGCCACAAAUAAACACCCCGAAGUUCCGUCACCCCAUAUCGCAAGUCGCACCAACUCACUUGGCUUGGCUCAAGCCACCUCCGCAGCAUUAGCAGUGGCUUUGAUGCGGACAAGUUUGGAAAUAUCAUUGAAUGUUAAAAAUGUAGAGGGCAUAGAUUAA